AUGUUGCUCAGUGUUUUCGAUUGUUUUGCGCCGCAAAGGCUCGAGCCGGUCUAUUUUGAUAUCAGAUUAAGUGACGACGCUAUCUGGCUUCCAGCAACGCAUAAUGGGGCUGGCUAUGGCCAUCUUCGAGGUAGGGUAGUCUUAUGCAUCAGCCAACCCGCCAGCGUAAAGGAUAUCAAGUUACAUUUGGAGGGACAAUCUUACAUCAACUGGGAUCCGAACUUCCAUAGUAGCCCCCAUCGGCAUCAUAAGGUACUCUGGAAAGAGGUCCCCUUCCACCAUCAGAUAUGGAAUCUCCUCCCGACGCCUGGACGCUGUUCCCCGGUAUUAUUGCAGCCAGAUAAUUAUGAAUUUCCCUUCGAAAUUUGCCUUUCGGGACAGAACCCGGAAACUGUCCAGGGUAUUGAUGACUGCUUCAUCCGCUACAUCCUUCGAGCGGAGGUCUAUAGCAACACCGGUGAUAGCCUGACUAGUCUAUCGAGGGAAAUCCAGGUGCGAAAAAUGCAUGCGAUGUCCCUACUCAGGGAGCCUAGUUCUAUCAUAUAUGACUGGCCAGAGAAGAUCAUAUACAACGUCGACAUCCCCAACCGAGCAUUGUCAGUCGGCAGUAGCACCCACAUUAACUUCCGCUUUAUACCUCUGCUGAAGGGCCUCAAACUGGGAACGACUGAAACACGCCUUAUAGAAACACACCAUGUCACAAAACCAUCGCCGGCCACCCGGUCUCGCGAAGUGUUGAUCGAUGAAUAUAAGCCUCCACCCUGGGAUGAACUGGACAUAGUACCCUCUGAUGACGAAUAUACAUAUUAUUUGUACCACUUCUCUCGAAUCCUCCGCCUCCCGAAAUUUACAAGACAUUGCCUACAAAGCACAACAACCACAAAUCUCCAAGUCGAGCAUAAGAUUGCAGUCCUUAUCACGCUCUUAAAUCCGGAUGGCCAUAUGUCCUCUAUCCGUUUCUCCCUCCCGAUAUUUAUCUAUUUCCGCCCGCCGAGUGGUAUGAGUUUUUCGACAUUUUAUGACCCAGAUAGUUCGGAUGCAGAUUAUGGGCAACUUCCACGCUACGAAAGUCAUAUUCACGAUACGAAGCCAGACGAGCUCGGCUUAUCCGGUGCUACAUCGCCAGGACAUAUACAAUGGGACGAUAAUAUGGAGCAGGACGAGGACCCGCCACAUUACUCGAUAACGGACUGCUUUUCCGAGAUUCCCAGCUAA